AUGUUCUGCGGAGAUAACCCAAAACUCCACAACUUUGUGAAAGUUGUAAAGCCGAGACUUCCUCUGGACCUGGGGCAGUGCAGGACCAUUAUAAAAGGCGUCCCAGCUUUUCACUCUCCCAUCCACUCCACUGCCCUUCUUCUCCUUUGGAAGCAAGUGCACCUGUGACCCCCAGCCAUGUCCUGCUACCAGCCCUGCACCCCUUGCUACCAGCCCUGUGGCCCCACUCCCCUGGGCAGCAGUUGCAAUGAGUGCUGUGUCAGGCAGUGCCAGGACUCCACCAUCAUCAUUGAACCCUCCCCUGUGGUGGUGACCCUGCCUGGCCCCAUCCUCAGCUCCUUCCCACAGAACACCGCCGUGGGAUCCUCCACCUCUGCUGCUGCUGGCAGCAUCCUCAGCUCUGAGGGAGUGCCCAUCAGCUCUGGGGGAUUUGACAUCUCCUGCAUCACCAGGCGCCACUGGAACAGGGUCUGCUGA